UGUAAUCGUAAAGGACACUAGUCGCCAGAUCUCUCAGAAGGCGAUGCUUGAAACCAGCAGGAGAUCCGCCAUAAGUACGUCCGAGCUAGGUCUCUAUUCUGAUCGCAGUGAUCGAUACAACAGGAGUCGUUACAGCCUGAUCGCGAGGAAAUUUGCGAUUGGAGUUAUGGUGGUGGUAACAGUGAUACUGGUGGCGAUAUUCACGUACGAUUUUACGUCCGCCACAUCGGUAAACAGUAAAAUCAAUCAGGAAACAAAGCACAUAUAUAUACUACAGAAUGCUCUCAAAAAGUCACCGAAUCUUGCGAGAAAGUCUGCAAAUUCCACAAUCCUAUCCGAAGCUAUGGUCCAUCAAACGGACGCCUUUUACAUGGAAGAUCGUUCGGAUGACGAAAAGUUUGAUGAUUUUAUGCAACAAAAUGCAACGAGCGAUAUAAUGAUGGACGAACCUAGCAUGACGGAUGAACCGGAGAUGAGAGCGCAGAAUUUGCAUAACUUCAAACAACGGAAGAGAGUGCUGAAAUCUGUUGAAGAUGCCAGGGAAAACGAGGAAGCCGAGGCCAAACAAUUGUUCGACAAUCACGCGAUCGUUUAUCGAGUGAGACAAAGAUAUAAACAUCCGAAUUUGGAAGACAUGAACACGGAGGAGAGUCGACCGAUACCAUUUCACUGGGAGUUCAAAACGCCGCAACCGGCAUCAUUCAAACGUCCGAGAUAUCCGCAGCUGUCACAGUACCGAUACCCACACUCUAGAAACAUACAGGACAUCAUAAAGUACUUGACGAAUAACGCCGAAAUGCCAAAGCGCGGCCUCAAGUUUACCGGUGUCUACAUGAAUCCAAAAAAAUAUGAUAUGAUCCCUGCCAUAGGAGAGAUGAUGUCCAAUAGCGAUAAAUUCGAGAAUGAAGAUACCACCCCUUAUUCACAUACUAACGAUCCGUUUUAUCAGUACAAACCGAAACACCCGGCGGACGUUAAUCUCUUAGCCACAUCUAACGUAAGAUUCUCGCCGUUUGGAGUACAUCGUUACAGUCCUUACUAUGAUUCUUUCUACUCUCGACCCUCGUUCAGUUACAACAAACCGAUCAUGAUGGAACCGCAGUACGAAAGCCUCGGUUCCUAUUCAACGAAUAGUUUCGCGAAGAACCGCAAACCAAAGCCGUUCAGCGUGAUGCUCGAUAUUUAUCCCAUUACCGAUAUCAUGGAGCAGAAUAAGAAGGCAUCGUGGUCGAGACCGCAAGGAUCUGCAGAUGAUUAUGAGUAUAAAAGACCCUUUCAGUAUACCCGGGGCCCGAAAUUUCACCCAUCGUCUCCGCAACCGAUUCCUCUUAUAGCUAUACCCAGCCCCACGACUAUAUCGGAAGAAGAGGAAAAGCAGCAAAUGGUAUUUCAUCUGAAUCUAUAUCCUCGAAAAAAGAGUAAACUCAACAGGCACGAGAUCAUUCAUAGAUCGGAAUCCAUGGGAACUCAGGAGCGACAGCAAUUCGCGAACAAAAUAAUGUCUCCAUUGGAAUCGAUUGCUAAACAUUUGACUGAUCAUUCCGCGAUCGAGGAAUCAAAGUUCGAGGAAAGUCAAAACUCGGAAACGACCAGUAUGCCAAUAACGCGAUAUCAUGAGAUGAACCUAGAGGAGAAACGUGAAAAAAAUGGAGAUCUUGUGUUAAAUAAUUCCGAGUCAGACAUUUAUUCGGAUAACGAUGAUAGUAUCGUUGGGGAUACCACCAUGUUUUCGAAUCAUAAAAUAAGUCUAGAUGAAGAUUAUGCCAGCACGGAGAAAUAUGAAAUAAACGCGCAAAAAAUGAUAAUGAGUACGGAGAAGAAUUUCAUAAAUUGCGAUAAUGCAACGAUGCUUGAUUGUUCGAAGGCCAACGAGGAUAAAAACGCCGAUACCAUCGAAAAAUUUUAAUACUUCACGAUCUUCUAUGCUGAACUUGAAUUAGAAUUGAAUUAGAUGUGAGAAUUAAGAGAAUUGAGAGUCGAAAUGCUUUGUCGAAUAUUUUUUGACAUUUUUGAUGAUCUAUUCUAAUAUUAU